AGGAAGAGGAAGAGGAAGAGGAAGAGGAGAAGAAGCAGGAAAAGCGUGGGGUGGGGGGGAAGAGGAGAAAGUGACGCUAGCACUCGAAGACGCUGGCACUCGCCUCGUCUGGCUUGGGCAUGCCGGGGCGCCAUCGCCACAUCGGCUGGGCCUGCCUCGAGCAAUCCUGGGUGGCGACGCGCGCCAUGGAGGAGCCCGGGGUAAGGGAAAGAAUCCCGGGGGCGGGGGCGGGGGGCGCAGGCGCAAGCCUGCGCAAGGCAGCGGCACACGCCGCAUCCUCUCGGGGAUCUCCCUGGGAGGCCCUUGGCGGAGAACAAAAAACAGAUCCGCGCCCCCACCCCAAAGAUCCGAUGUCGUGAUUUGGGACCCCGUGAUCCGACUGUCGGCAGGGCGUUCAGGGUUGAAGGCUGUCCUCAUCCAUAACUUGCGCGAGUGGACAAGCGCUGGCGGGACGCGAGGACAGAGACCAGAUCGGCGCAGAUAGGGUGCACCUGCUCCUGCGGCCUCCUGCUAGCUUGACCCUAGCUGCCUAUACUGGCCAUCACGGCUCGUGCUACCGCGCGUACCCUCUGGGACGCACGGAGGACAGAGAGGAGGAGGAGGACGAGGAGGAGGAGGAGGAGGAGGAGGAGGAGGAGACGGGAGGCAAACUUCCAGCGGGUUAGUUUUGCCGCAGGCCGCUUGGGAUAUAUUUACCGACCGAGGACGCCGCGGGGCGGGCCUGGGGAGGGGGGAGGCCAGGCGGCUGCCCGCGCCCGACGGGGCGCUAGCGGCUGGCGAUGGCCCGGCGCCUGGCCAGGAAGGCCUCGCGCGCCAACGUGGCCAGCUCGAGGGCGCCCGCCUCGCCCGCGCAGGCCGCCGGGCCGCGCGGCGCAUCCCUCGCGGCGCGGCCCGCGCACCCCAGCAGCACCGGCAGCCUCGGGGCCUCGCCGCCCUCGCCCUCCGAGUCGGAGGUGCUCGCCGGGCUCGCGGCCAGGAGCGGGCUCGAGGGGCAGCGCGUGGAGGGCGUGCCGCCCGAGCAGCUGCCGUCGGAAGUACCUGUCGGAGACGAGCAUAGCGCCGAACCGCUCGAAUCCGCGGCGCUGCAAGAGCGAACUGCCAGCCGCCGCCGAUGUCUGCUUCUGUAGGGGAACGAACGUGGCGGCCAUCCGGCAGAUGGGUCGAUGGCUGGCGAUCGGCGCGCUGAGGGCCGAAGCGGAGGUUGGAGAAGACGGGGAACGCUCACAGGUUCGCCAGCUGAAACCAAAAUUGCCCCGCAGCGGGGAAGUACA